GAAUAUCCUCGCGUUAUUCCAAAUAUUUGCGACUGUGGACACUCGUUCGUCCACCUUAUCUAAUCUCUCGAUGAUUAAUGUGCGUGUACGUUCCUCCACUUUCCGACAGUUUCGUCGGCGUCGAUAACAGGUGACGGGAUCCGUAAUCGAGUUCUCCAAAACCGGCGAGUGAGAAGUAACACGAGCGAUACAGGAGAGCGAGAAGUGGGACUUAAUAUCGUGAAUAAUAAUCGAACGCUCUCUGAAAAGUGAUUAGCGUGCAAAACAACACUGUUAUUAUUAUUAUAGUCCGGCGAUGCGUCCGUAUCUCACGCGAGAAGCGACGUACAACAACGCGGCUUUUGUCAGCAGCCUUGAACGCCUUUUAGCACGACGUUCAUAAAUUUUUAUCUUCGCGGAUAACGACUCAAAGAAGUGAGAAGCUUAUUUACCGGACUUUCCUAUAAGCGUUACGUGUUUGUGUGCGCGUUUUUUGAUCGAUAGGAGACCGAUUGGAGAUCUCCGAUCGAUUUCCACGAAUCGCCCGGUGUAGGAGUUAAUCGUCGGCUGGGAACGUCCCAAAAUAUAUCGGGGAGCCUUGGUUUCGGUUUAAAAUCGUUGAAAACUUGUUGAGCGCCAGCGCGCUCCAUCCGAAGACGUUCCCCGCGGUUCCUGCUUGGUGAACCGUUCUUCAGCGGAGUAGGGGAGCCGCGAUAACCGGUGCCAACGUCGCGGCGCCUUCGUCAGACGCGUUUCGCGUGCGUCGCACGACGCAGGUAUCAAUAACAGGUGUCGUCGAAGGUGCAGUCGUCGAAAAUAGUACCCGCGACUAAUCGGAUAUCUGAUAUUCGCGCGUCGUUCUCGCGAUGAGAAGAAACAUGGUGGUGAACGAGGUGGGAACUGGGGCGACAUUGCCGCGGGUCGCGGACCUGGAGCACAGUGUACAGUGGACCAGUUUGGCGAACGACAUCGACGACCUGGUGAAGCUCCGCCGUCCGGACAGAUCGGCGGUAGUUCGACGCGACAAACGAGACGGAAGGACCGACAGACACGCUUACCAGCGGGUCUCCAUGCCGGAGAUGCAGCGGACGUGCACGGUGCAUUUCGAGGAUGAUUGCGACACGCUCUUGCGGAGAGACCGUCUCUCCCCGGAGAACUCCCGGUGGAGCUGGAAGCCGCGGACGGACUUCGAGAGGGAGUACUUUUACAAGGAUUACAAGGACUAUUACCGCGGCGAUCCGGGAAAGUGCCUCGAGUCCGUCUCGCACGAGACAGCCCCGAGGGAUCGGGGUUGCUCGCGGGAGACGCGACAUCCUUCUUCCAGGAGUCCUGCCGCGCGCGGAUCGUCAGCGGCGCGAUAUCCCGAGGGACUCGAGAAGGAGCACUUCAGCGACAGCAGGGAGCGGCUGCACGAGAUCUUCGAGCACAACCGGUAUCUCCGCCGACAGUUCUUCGCCGACAUGCCGGGGAAGCAGGACUCCUGCAGCGGUUUCGCCGGGAACGCUUCCGAGAGGCGCGGCCAGGGAGCGCCGAGGCGCUGCGCCGGCUUCGGUAGCACCGAGACCCUCACCAGCCAGAGCAAUCAAUCAUCCGUGAGCAGUAUAAACGAUCGGAAGUCCCGGGCGCAGACGACACGCAGCCCGGAGGAGGAGGAGGAGGAGGAGGAGGAGAUGGACACGUUAACCGAGUUCGCCGGGAGGGACUUGUCUCGAAUCGUCAAUCGCAAGAGCGGCGGUCGCGCUCGAAGGGACGGCAGAGUGCUCGUCAACAUUCUACCCGGAAGCGAGAUAAGACGAGUCGAUGUGAGGAACGUAUCGUCGUCGGUCAAGCUCGAUGAGGCGAGUAAUGAACGCAGCGAGGGCUCGCCGAUCGUCGAGGAGGCUCGAUUUCGGGACGCGGCGUGCGCCAAGAGAACGCACGAUAAAUCAUGUCAGUGCCGCAUCGAGGAGGACGAGAUCGAUCUCGACGCGUCGCGCCGAGGGAAGAACCUUCCGGAAUACAUUUUUGGCGGAGCCGCGAAGAUCGAUUUCGAGAGUCGAGAGGAAGGCGGGGAUUCGUCGGGCGGAAGCGGACAUCGUGACGCGAGCAACGUGAACGAUCGGCUGUCGUGGGAUGAUAAGCCCGAACGGGAAUGGAAUCGACUUUCGCAAAACGAGACCCGAAUGAUCUGCGAUUAUCGCGGACGAUCGGAUUCCGUUUCGGCGAAGAUCAAUGAGAUAAGCGCGUCGAGGAGCAACGACGGCGUCUGCUGGGAUCUCUGUAGAUCCUUGCCGAAUCUGACUAUCCUGAAGCGGAACCUCGAUGCUCCUCUCUACGUAGCCCGGGCGGUCAACGUUCCCGAAGGACUCGAGUCUCUCGAAUCCCCGGAUGCUCGUGUCGUAAGAUCGAGAAAUCGCUUCGAGCAACGAUCGGGACAGCGCGAGGAGAUCGAAGAUCAGACACGCUCGAUCGAGCGCGGACAAUCGAUAUCCAAAUUGACGACGGAUGUGUCGGUCCCGCCCAAACAUCUGACCCCCCCGAGACGGGGGGUCAAGGCGACGAGAAUCCCUCCUCCUCCCUUAGACCUGAGCACGGUGAACGAGCGGUGCGAGCGCAUGGAGGCGGACGAGAGGAGAUAUCUGAACGAUUACAGCGUCGACGUGGCGAUCCUACGCAACCACGAAGAUCACGUGGAAGAUUUGCUGAGUCCUGUUGAGAGCAGACGAGCCGUUAACGACGUUGUCAAAGAUGACAUCCUGUCGAGGAUCGCGAAUGGAAGGAACGAUCAGCCGCUCGGAAGAGACGCCGAUAAGAGACGGAGAUCGUCGGGAGUCCCGGGGUAUAAAUCUUGCGGCAAUUUCUCGUUGGCCGAGGACUUGCAGUCGCCGCAGCUCGUCAACAAUUGCAAGAGCUCUACGAGCGAUCUACGAAAAAUAGAUCCCGCAUCGAUACUUCCGAUUGACCCUGAUGCCUGUCGCCGUGACCGAGCCACCAGCAGCCCUUUGUUCGAUCAAACGAGUCCGAUUGGCGGACUUCACGCCGCCGGAAGCGCGCUUCCGUCUACGGUCUACGGACCGAUUCCGUACAGUCAGUAAACAUGCGCAUAAUUUUCCUGAAAUAAUGCUCUUCCUGCCGCGCGUAAAUAGCCGCACGCCCCGUUAGGAUCGCCUCGGUGUACGUAAUCGUUGCCGGUGUCGUUGACGGUGAUUGAGGAGGAGAGAGAGAUAAAAACAGAUUGAAUCGAGCAGAGUAUGUUUCGUGCUCUGAACUCCUUUUUUUUUUUAACAUGCCUCUAGUUUAGAAAGUCUGAUACGAUCGUAUUACGUAGAAUCGAAUCGAUGAAAAAGUAUUCUGGAUAUAUUUGUAUUAUUACGUAUUAAAUGAAUUCGUAUGAAAAAUUGUAGUGAGAUAGGAGAGUUUGAGGUCUGCAUUGAAUUUAAAAAAUAAUUAACAUCGACACAGAUAAUAAAUUGCCAUAAUGACGAAAACCUAACUUCCCAUGACCCACGAAAGGCUCUAGAAGCGCGUUGAGAGUAGAACGGUAAAAUGGAAUAAAAUUACACGAGGGGAGAAUCAGAUAAAGGAUAAUAAGGUACAGUACACAAGAAAAAAA